GUAAGACACAUAUUUAGUAUUCAGUGCCACAUGUUUGUCAAUUCGGUAGGUUUAUUUUACGCCGAUGCAAAAUUCGAACGCGACAGAUGAAAUUUUAUUAUUAUUUUUAAACAGUGCGGUUAAUGGUACAUUGGCAUUGAUUUUUGAAUCCCUGCCAUUCCCUGUAUUCGUGUCUUUUCGAACGGUAGUCCAGCGGUCUUCUGUGUUCUCUGUUCUCGCUUUUGUCAGCUUCGCCCAAAAAGGGACAGUUACCGAUCCAGCAAGUGUCAACGUUCAGCUACGAGAGCCUCCAUUGAUUCUCCGCUUUCUCGAGCCUGUUCCUUUAAAGGUUCAUACGAACACUUCAACCAAAACUUCGUGAAUGGACCUCACCUAUGGAGUAUUCGGCUCUGCUGUAACGCCAAAAGACGCAAUUGUUGUGCAAGUUACUGAAUUCCGGGAACCAAAAUCUCUAGUUCUUUGGGACGGCGUUAACGAGCAAUCCGCUCAGUACACGCCAGGAACGGGAAAACCAAUACCAGCUGCUGGAAGUAUUAUCAAGAUCACUUCAAAUGGAUUCAAACGGUUAAAACAAAAAUGGAAUAUCGCAAAAUUUGAAACUGUGAGGGAUGGUGAAAAGGAAAAGAUCGAGAAAAUUUUGGCGCCGACGCCAACUACUUCCAAAACGGCACCCGUUGAAAUUCCUUCCCCCGUGCCAUCAUUAUCAGAACUUCCCGAAGCCAGAAAAAUAAUUCCACUGUUCCGCGCAAUGGUCCAGAGUGUUGGCAAUGUUCAACCAACAAAUAACGAACCCGACAAAAAAAUCGCGCGUCUAGUUUUGGCCGAUGCAACUGGAAGUAUCAAUAUGGCCUUUUUCGACAAACAAAUCGCGCAACAUAAAUUUGUCGAGACAUUUCGACCAGGAAUGGCACUAGAAAUCCGCAAUGGCACUACCAAUGAGCCAACGGAAAAAGAUUAUCGCUACACGGCUACUCUGCGAACCAAUUUUUGGGUGACACAGUCCGUACUGAUCGACGUCUUAGACAACUGGGAACCGAUUCUGCCAGAGUGUGUCAAAAUUAAGCAGAUCAUGAAGUUGAAAAAAGAGUGUGACAUAAACAUUCUGGGAUAUAUCGAAGCAGUAGAGAAGUUCGAUGGAUCACAACGAACACUGAAGCUGAGAGACAAUUCUUCUGACGAUCAACUCACCGUUGUUAUUCCCAAGGAAUUUUCGCAUCAAAUCCAACCAAACGAAUACGAAUCUAAAUUCAUCUUCUUCGGAAACCUGCAUCAUGCUGACGGAAUUGUCAAAAUGAUACCACAAAAGACUGUAUACUGGCUGACACGCAAUAGCAUGGCAAAAGCAAUCUUCGAAAAUUUUUUGAAAGAAGAACUGCUUGAACCGAAUUCAAUGAGCUUCCUCGACGAAACUAUGAACGACAUCGAAAGCGAUACGGUCUCUCUGAACAAGCGCAAAUCAAAAGAUUCUCACCAGUCUGUGGAUUCCAAAUUACCUAAAACGCAUUAAUAAUACUUCAGUGGCUGUACAAUAUUCCGUAAAAAGAUGCAGAUGCCUGUUUAUCCGAAAUUAUAACAAUACGAGUAUCUAAUACCAACCACCAUGUACUACUCUCUUAAACUCAUUUAUGCAAGCCUGGUUUAAAAUAUUGUUUAAUAAAUUAGUACAUAGAAAAAAAUUUCCACUUGAAUUUAAAAUGUUAGAACGCUGCACAUAUAUCAUGUCAUACCAUAGACACACAAAACUGAAUCAACUACGGUGCACAAUAGUUUCGAAUUUUCAACACUUCGUUGCUUGCA